CCUUUCUCCACUCCUCCUCAAAAAGUACUUUCUUAUGCCAAGAAGAGCUCCUGAGUGGACGCGGGUGAAAAACAGACGUCGGAGCUUUUACGUGAGACCCUGAAAGCAGCAUUAGCUCUAGUGUGAGAGGGAGGGGCUUCAGGCAGGAGGUCAUAACAAACAUGGCGUGGAGAGGAUGUGUAUUGAAAUGGACUAAAACAGAGUUCCUCAGGUCCAACAACACUACUUCACAAAGCUCCAGACUGUACCCCCACAACCAACAAAGGUGCAGUUUCCGUCGGGAAGCCAAAAAGCCGGAUGUAAAGAAAGGAAAUGUCACCCAAGAAUCAAAAGCUUCACCUUCUGAGGCUGGCACACCAGGUUCCCCCCCUCCUCCCAAAGUCCCCCGACCAACACUUUUAAAACCCCUGAUGUUCACAGUCGGAUUUACAGGCUGCUCCUUUGGUGCGGCUGCCAUUCUACAAUAUGAGACCCUGAAGUCAAGAGUUACGACUCCAAAAGCUGAAGAGGAGUCAGAAAAACUCUUACAGGGGUCUCAGGACAUGGUGUACUGGCAUGACUGGUGGAACAAACUGUCAGGCUUCCAGCAGCAGCUCCUUCUCCUUAUGUCCAUGGUAGAUGACUUCUGGAGCAGUCUCACAGAGGGACAGAAGACUGUAACCGGCAUCAUUGCAGUAAAUGCUGUAGUUAUGUGUUGCUGGCGCAUCCCUUCAAUGCAAAGAACCAUGAUUAAGUACUUCACGUCCAACCCAGCCUCCAAAACACGAUGUCUUCCCAUGGCCCUGUCCUGCUUCAGCCACUACUCCAUUAUCCACAUGGUGGCCAACAUGUAUGUCCUGUGGACAUUCUCAUCAGGAAUUGUCUCUCUCUUAGGGAAGGAGCAGUUUCUUGCACUCUACCUGUCUGCUGGUGUGAUUUCUACUAUGGUCAGCUACAUGUGUAAAACUGCCACUGGACGUCUCCAUCCAUCAUUAGGCGCAUCUGGAGCUGUCAUGGCAGUACUGGCUGCAGUCUGUGCAAAGGUGCCAGAGGCCAAACUAGGAAUAAUCUUCCUCCCCAUGAUCACUUUCACAGCAGGAAAUGCUCUGAAAGUACUCGUCGCCAUGGAUACAGCAGGGCUCAUACUGGGAUGGCGGCUCUUUGACCACGCAGCUCACCUUGGAGGAGCCCUCUUUGGAGUAUGGUAUGUGGCGUAUGGUCACAAACUGAUUUGGAGGAAAAGGGAGCCUCUUGUGAAGCUGUGGCAUGACAUGCGUUCUCCUGGUGCUGGUGGAUCCAGGCCAGGAGGUGGGCCUGGGGUCAGUGGUGGUGGUGGACCUGGUCCACAAUGACACUCUGCAAGGUCUCUCAGAUCUUUUUUGAAAGAACUGGGCGUCCACAGUUAACCCCGAACACGCAAGGACGCUUUUAUCCCCCGAGAGGGAGUCGGGUGUAACUGUUUAUUAAUAUAGUUUUUAAAUCAGGGUUUGUUAUGACCAUAAGAUGAUUUAAUGGUAUGCAGAGACUGGAAAUUAAAAAAAAAAAAA